CCUUAAUCCAAACACACUAUAUAAGUCUUGCCUCCACCUUUCAAACCCAGUUUCUAUUUUUAGUAUGCUUUUAUAUAGAGGGUCCUCCUCCACCUACUCAAUGCUCACUUUUCUCUGUCUUUCUUGUCGGCAUCGUUCAUCAAUCAAACUGCUAGGAACAAUGAGCAGGGAACAGAGAGCCCAAUCCUCAAUCAUGGCACCGAAGAAGGACAAGGUUCCCAAAAUCAAUCGAGUUAAAAAGAGGCAUCGCAGAGCAUCUUUGCGUAAGAGAACUCUUAAGGAGAAAAGGGGUUUUCUGAAGCGGAUGCAAGAUGAGAUCAGGGAGGUGAGAGCGGAGACGAGUUCCUUGAAAGAAAGCCUAGUCCAGAUGCUGACGGAGUUGGAUGAUCUCAAAUUGGAAAUUGUGCAUACCAGGGAGAUCAAUGAGCGUGUGAUCCUGCACAACACUCGCACCCAUCAAUUACUUGAUCUUAUCAUUGCUACAAUCCUUACUGGUUCUGGAUCUGUACCAUAACAAUGUGCAAGUCUAUUUUGAUUGGCGGAUACAAAUGAAGACCAACAGACUACGUGAAGACCCACAUACACAUUCUUAUUACAUUGUUCAUACCAUUGUAAUUUUAUUAUGUAAUUGAUGGUUCCAAAUGCUAUAAUGUACAAAAAUCUAUUGCAUCCCUGCUUUGCUUUGUUCAUACGGCUAAACAUCAUGUUACAUUGUUAAUACCAUUGUACUUUGAUCUUGUAUUGAUGGUUCUUACCAUUGUACUUCUAUCAGAUGUUGAUUUCCAUAUUCA